UGCCGUGGUAGCAGUAAAUAGACUACACUUUCAGUUCGUUACCUGAUAAACUGAUUUUCAGUUUUCUUGUUAGCUAGCUACCUAGCCACUGACUGAAAAUAAAUAUGGAAUGUAUUACAGUGUUUGGCUAAUUUAGUUAGCCAGCUAGCUAACUUUAUUACCCAAAAUUAGCUAGUUCGCUAGCUACUUGACACUGCAGGAAUAGGGAAACACUGCUAGCUGGCUAGCUAGCUAAGCUAGCUUGCGAGUUAAAAUAACAACUGAUACUGACAAUUCGCAGGUCCAAAUUGUAUUGCCGAGGCAUCGGUUUCCACCAUGCCGGACCACAACGACGUGAGCUUGCUGCCGGAGGAUCGCGUUCGCGCCCUCACCAAGAAGGGCAGCUCGGUAGACAUCAACGAAGACGUGCCACCUCGCCGUUACUUCCGCUCCGGCAUGGAAAUGAUCCGCAUGGCUAGUGUGUACACCGAAGAGGGAAACGCCGAACAUGCCUUUGUGCUUUACAAUAAGUACAUCACGCUUUUCUUUGAGAAACUUCCGAAGCAUCGGGACUACAAAACCGCCAACAUUCCUGAGAAGAAGGACACAAUGAAGAAGCUGAAAGAAAUAGCCUUUCCCCAGGCCGAGGAGCUGAAGAAAGGACUUUUGAAGCAGUAUGAGAAGGAAUAUGCAGAGUAUCUUGUUAAAAGGAAAGCGGAGGAGGCGGCCCUGGCUCGAGAGCUGGCCCGGCAGAGGGAGCUGGCAGUGGAAAGGCAGCGGGUAUCUGAGAUGCAGAAGCGGCAGCAGGAGCAGGAACAGUUCAACGUCUUCGAGGAGAUGAUCCGCCGGCAGGAACUGGAGAAGGAGCGCCAGCGCAUCGUCCAGGAGUUCACGGGUCCCAGCGCCCCCCCGCUCGAUGGCCCCCUCCUCCCAGGUGUCCAGGGACCCUCGGAGUCCCCCCCACAGAGCCCAGGAGACACUCCCACCAACACCAGCCCCUCCGGUCCCCCUGCAGGGCCCCCCACAUUCGACCGCUCUCUCAAACCCGGGACGCUGGUCUCUGCCAACAAUGUCAUGGUGGACGGGCUGCGGCAGUUGGCGGUACCUGCUGAGCUCUGCCACAAGUUCCUAAAGCUGGCGGAUUCCAAUACGACACGGGCAGUGGAGACCUGUGGAAUCCUCUGUGGAAAACUGACCCAGAAUGCCUUCACCAUCACCCAUGUGAUCGUGCCCAAACAGAGUGGAGGGCCAGAUUACUGUGACACAGAGAAUGAAGAGGAGCUCUUCCUGAUCCAGGAUCAGUAUGAUCUCAUCACCCUGGGCUGGAUCCAUACACAUCCCACUCAGACGGCCUUCCUGUCCAGUGUGGACCUGCACACUCACUGCUCCUACCAGAUCAUGCUGCCCGAAUCCAUCGCAAUCGUAUGCUCCCCCAAGUUCAAGGAGACUGGAUACUUCCGGCUCACAGACUAUGGAAUGGACGAGAUCUCCUCCUGCAAGCAGAAAGGCUUCCACCCGCACCACAAAGAACCCCCACUGUUCAGCGCCAGCGGACACGUGACCAUCACGGACUGCAGCGUGUCUGUGCUGGACCUGCGGUGAUUCGCAGCCGCGCGCGUGCCUUUGACCUCCAGUCCACCGGGCCCCUCCGCAGAACCAAGGGAUUUCAUUUGCCAUAUAACAGCCAUGUCUUCUUUUCCGGACGAGUUCGGCAGCUUGUCAGGCCGAGGGCUUAGCCUUCAAAAAAAUCUAAUAGUAAAUAAUCACACCGUGCGGCUCAUGUAGAAAGGACCCUGAGAUACGACCGCCUCAUCCCAGGGACCGUCUUGAAACUCUCAUGCCUUCUCUGGUUGUCUUAAUGCACUCUAAGCAUCACCAACAUGCCAGAUGGUCAGAAUGUUAGAUGAACUUUUACAUUGUGCCCUGGACCUCCUGGAACUGUACUAUGAUGUGUAAGAGCUUAUGUAUCAGGGUGUCUGCUCAAGUCCUCGUUGUUCUGAUUCACACAGCCUUGUGAAUCCCUGCUUCAGGGGCAUCAACUCAAUUAAUACUAAAUGCCGCUUGUUUGUGAAAUGCCAUUUUUAUUUCUAAGCAUUAUUUUAUUGGAAAAAGGGUGACUUUAUUUAAAAGCUUUCUUGAACUCUUGAUAGGUUUUUGUUCAUUUCAGAGACUAACAUAUUCUGCAAAAUUCUUCUGCAGUUUAAUGUUCUGCUUGAACAAUAUAAAUGUAUGACUGUUAUAAAAGAAAA